UCUUCUUCCCUCUCUCUCUCUCUCUCUCACUAAGUCAGUCACGCCCACAGUCAGUAAAAGACUGGUCUGCGGUGGAAUUCGAAGCUUCAAAUUCCUUCAAAUUUCAAACAAGGUACAACCAGAGAUUUGAUAUUUUCAAAUCAGAAGUCAUCAUUUACUAGUUUUUGCUUUCAAACCCUCUGUUUAGCGUUGGUAUUACUGGUUGUGUUACAAACCAGUCCUUUCCUUUUUUUGGGGAAAGUUUUGAGCUCUGAGUUGUGUUUUCAUGGUUGAUUUUCCAUUGCUGAAACUGGGUUGCUGAUGUUUCUUCAAGAUAAUGCUUCUGGCAAGCGAAUUUGAAGCUUCCUAUGCAGCUCUAACGAAGCUUGGAUAACACAAAUAGAAAGAUAGAUUUCGGCAACAGAGUCAACAAUUAGACUACUCUUCAAUGCAAGCAUCAAAGGAGCAGAGAAUUUCAGGGAUGUCAAACCAGUUAUAUUAUCAGCCAAUCCAAGAAGUAGAGGCCUACUGCUUGCCUCGUUUCCAAACUUUGGACCCGCGGCUACAUUACAAUGAGAGCAGCCAAAGUACCCACCUCCCAUUGCAGAGUUUCCAUGAACACUACUGCACUUUGGAGUCUUCCUGGUCUAAUGGUAGCUACACCGUUUAUAACACCCCAUCAAAUGUCAGUUUCUCACCUAGUGGAAGCCCGAUGUCACAGCAAGACUCUCAUUCGUAUCUGUCUGAUCAGUACCAUUCCCCUGACCAGACCUACAGCUCUCCGAUGAGUGGAUCCUGCAUAACCGAUGAUGCAACUGACUUAAAGUACAAGCUGAAACAAUUAGAAACUGUAAUGCUGGGUCCUGAUUCCAAUAUUCUUGAUAACUAUUGCAUUACUUUCCCGAAUGGGGCGAGCAAUUCCCUGCCAGACGAGGACAGCUGGGGACAGAUUAUGGAAUCAAUCUCUAAAAAGGAUUUGAAGCAAGUCCUCAUCUUCUGUGCAAAAGCAGUAGCAGAUAAUGAUCUGUUAAUGGCACAAUGGAUGAUGGAUGAGUUACGCCAGAUGGUUUCAGUUUCGGGUGAACCAAUUCAGAGGUUGGGUGCAUACUUGCUGGAAGGACUAGUUGCGCGGAAGGCAUCUUCGGGGAGUAACAUCUACAAAGCACUGAGAUGCAAAGAACCAGCGAGUUGCGAACUCCUUUCUUACAUGCAUAUUCUCUAUGAGGUUUGCCCUUACUUCAAAUUCGGGUACAUGUCUGCAAAUGGAGCCAUUGCAGAAGCCAUGAAGGAUGAGGACAGUGUUCACAUCAUUGAUUUCCAAAUCGGUCAGGGGAGUCAGUGGGUCACUCUAAUCCAAGCUUUUGCAUCCAGGCCUGGUGGACCACCCCACAUCCGUAUAACAGGUAUUGACGAUUCCAUGUCAGCUUAUGCCCGUGGAGGAGGACUAAACAUUGUGGGAAAGAGGUUGUCUAAGCUUGCAGAGUUGGUCAAGGUUCCAUUCGAGUUCCAUGCCACUUCCAUGUCUGGUUGUGACGUACAGCUGGAGCAUCUUUGUGUUCGACCUGGGGAGGCUUUGGCUAUCAACUUUGCGUUCAUGCUGCACCACAUGCCCGAUGAGAGCGUCAGCACUCAGAAUCACCGGGAUAGGCUGUUGAGGUUGGUUAAGAGCUUGUCUCCAAAAGUGGUGACCCUCGUUGAGCAAGAAUCUAACACAAACACUGCUGCAUUCUAUCCACGCUUUGUAGAAACACUAAAUUACUACACAGCUAUGUUCGAGUCAAUUGAUGUGACUCUUCCGAGAGAUCACAAGGAGCGGAUCAAUGUGGAGCAACACUGCUUGGCUAGGGAGGUUGUUAACAUAAUAGCAUGCGAGGGCGUUGAGAGGGUGGAAAGACACGAGCUUCUUGGAAAGUGGAGGUUGCGGUUUGCAAUGGCUGGAUUUACACCGUACCCUUUAAGCUCCUUGGUAAAUGCCACCAUCAAGACGCUGCUGGAUAACUACUCUGACAAAUAUCGGCUUGAAGAGCGAGAUGGGGCACUCUAUCUUGGCUGGAAGAACAGAGACUUGGUUGCUUCUUGUGCAUGGAGGUGCAAACCGAGCACGAAUUGAUGCUUCUUUUUUUUAUGUCGGAAUGGAGGCGAGGCAAGCUUGGAGAUUAGAACAUGUUUUUUCAUGUGUUCUUUUGCACUUGUAAGCUGCCAACUGCUUAUAAAAAGGGUGGCAUCAGCUGUGUACACUUGAUAAAAUCGAAGUUAUCUGUUUUAGAGAGAGAGAGAGAGAGAGAGAGAGAGAACUUGGAUUUCAUAAGGCAUUGGUUUGUACAUGGUUGUCUGAGUAAUUGGCACAAAUGCUUUGCUUUUUUUCUUCCUACCUUUUUCUUGAGGAAGUUUAAAUCCAAUACCAUCAAAUAAAGAGAAUUGAAAGAAA